AUGGCUGCUAGUAAAAAUUCAUUUCACUUUCAGGAGCAAGUGAUAUGGGCGAAAGAAGAAAAAGCAGAUUUCAUUUUAGGAGAAACUUUCUAUUCUCUCGCAGAAGCCUCGUUGUGUUUGGAAGCCAUUAAAGCUUAUGGUGAUGGUUUACCUGCAGUAAUAAACCUUGCCCCUACUUGGAAAGAUCACACGGUGGAUGAUAUCCCAUUAGAGGAAGCUUGCAGGAAACUUGAAGAAGCUGGAGCUGCAGUUGUAGGUCUCAACUGUAGCAGAGGACCCAAGAUGACAGUGCCUCUUUUGAAACGUAUCAGAGAAGCUUGUAAGGGCCCAAUAGCAGCUUUGCCCGUCCCUUAUCGCACUGAUGAGAAAACGGUAACAUUUCAAUCGUUCAAGGAUCUUUGUACAGGAAGGGAUGCUUUCCCCAGCAACUUGUCCCAGUUCCUAUGCAGUAUAGACGAAAUGAAAUACUUCGGCAACGCCUGUGAUGAGAUCGGAGUCCAGUAUAUCGGUCUUUGCUGUGGAAAUACAUCUGAUUAUUUCCGCCUUCUUUGUGAGACUUGUGGAAAAACAACCAAGGCCAGCAAGUAUACAACAGAUAUGUCGAAACAUUAUCUUAACAAGGACUCGGGUCUGAACGAAUACAAUACAAAAGUGAGGAAAGCACUGCUUGGUUUGUAAAACUACCAAUGAUCAUAUCGCACGCAGAACUUCGCCAUUUUUGUUUAUAACAACAAACAGAAAAUCUAUCUAACAUAAGCUGCAAUGAUCCAUAAAGAAAAAUUCACUUGUUAAGGAUAUACCGACAGAUUUUCUAUAAAAAUUAUAGCCAGCAUUGAUUUUGUUGUAACAAAUUAUGUGCUGGCUAUAAUUUCUUCAGAAAAUCUGUAGAGAUGAUCUCAACAUGUGAUUUAAUAGCACUACUAACAUAGAAGAACACAAUAUUGACUUAUAAAAUCAUUUAAUAUAAUUUGUAUUAUAUUAUGGUUGCAUAAUGACAUACAGUGUCCAAACAGGUCAUUAAGAGAAAAUUUCAUUUAUAUAUACAUACGCAACACGAAUAAAAUUUUACCUGUGGGGCCAGCACUUGAAAAAUACCUUUUAAAGUGAAAAUUGUAAAUACAAUUAUAAAUAAGGACAAAAACAAAAAUUUCUUAUUUGCCAUGUUGACAACGAAAACUUUUUCUUUU